UCUCUUGAAGAUGAGGAGGCAGAAGGACGUGUAACGCUUGACAGUCUCUUAGAAGUUCUAAAUCAGCAAGCUGUUGAAAGCGACGAUGCAUAUGAUGAGGUGUACCUUACCGAACAAAAAUGGGAUAUUUCGAAGAGAGGUUCUGUUGAAAAAAAUGUCAUCCUUCUAGCGAAUCGCACCAAAGGCUACUGCCAGAAAUCAAUGGGCAAAGCGAAUAUAGCCGGUGGACAAGAUUUUAGUCAACGAAUGCUCCGAAGCUCAAGGAGCAAUCGUUCGGGUACUUUUUUAUAUGAGAUUUAA